AUGUCUGAGCACGACGAGACCUUCCCCGACACGGGGUACGACACCCCUGUUCCCGAGCUUGACGACCACCGGCACCGUUCAUCUGCCCAGAGAGUUGAGCGCCCACGCCGAGGAACCUUUGAUAGCUUGUACGGCGCUCGCCAUCUCGACCCUGAGAUGGCGGUCCGCGUCCGCGACUUUGAGGAAGCCAUCCUCGACGAAGACGGCGACAAUGUCCAGCCCACGCCACGCCACGGCCGUCGCCCAACCAUCGAGUCGUCGACAGAUGGUAGAUCCAUCUCGCCCCCCAACUCGGUCAAGGCCUUUGCCGAAGCUCGGCGCAGAGAGCGCGAAAUGUCAUUUUCCGAGGCCAAGGACGAAGGCGAGGAGCCCCUCGGCCGAACAAUGUCCAAUGCAAGCCACCGGAGCAGGAGGUCGUAUAACCAGGAGGCCGACGCCAGAAGCUUCCUGACCAACAAGACGGUUGAAGAGGACGUCUGCUACCCUCUUCAGGAGAAGCACCCCAAGCAGCACAGUGGCCGAAUUGACUUUGAGUAUCUCGAAGAUCUCAUCAGGGAUCAGCAGGAGGAGCGGGAAGAGCGAGCCGCCCGAGCAGAGCUGCCCACCGAGAGCUUCAAGGACCUGCGACGGACCUCUACCCUGACCAAGCCCGCGCAGCUCGUCACCGUCGAUGGCGACAUUCUCGAGGCGCCCUCUGACGACUCGGUGGCCAACGAAAAGACUUCUUUCGAGGGCGCUGCUCCUCCCAAGGCCCAGCCUGUUGACAACACUCGCUUCAGCUUUUUUUCCACGGCAUGGGAAUCGACGAUUCAUGCCCCCGAGAUGGGUGAUCUUGUGCUUCCGGGAGAGGAUCUCCGGGGACUUUUUGAACUGCCCGAAGACGAAGACGGCGGUGUCUGGUGGCUCAACGUCAACAACCCCACAAAGGCAGAGGUGUACGGCAUGGGCAAGGCGUUUGGCCUCCACCCCCUGACCAUUGAAGACAUUGUCACCCAGGAGGCUCGCGAAAAGAUUGAGCUCUUCCCAUCGUACUACUUUGCUUGCUUCCGGUCGUUUAACGUAGUGGACGAGCCCGAUGGGAAAGAGUACGAGCCUUUCAACAUCUAUGUCAUUGUGUUCCGAGAGGGCACGCUCAGCUUCAGCUUCACGCCCAAUUCGCAUGCCACCGACGUGCGCAAGAGAAUCACGUCUCUCAAGGACUAUGUCUCUCUUAGCAGCGACUGGAUCUGCUAUGCCUUGAUUGACAACAUUGUCGACAGCUUUGCGCCCGUCAUUAACCAGAUUGAGCUGGAAGCCGAUGCCAUUGAAGACGAAGUCUUUGUCAUGCGGUUUGACGACUCAAAUACCUUUUUGCGGUCCAUUGGACGGGUGCGCAAGAACUGCAUGGCGCUCCUGCGGCUGCUGGGCGGCAAGGCAGAUGUCCUCAGGGGCUUCACCAAGCGCUGCAACGAAAACUUCCAGGUGACGCCGCACAUGGACAUUGGCAUGUACCUGGGCGACAUCCAGGACCACGUCGUGACCAUGGCGACCAACCUGGGCCACUUUGAGAAGAUUCUGUCUCGCGCCCACAGCAAUUACCUGGCCACGCUGUCCAUCAACAACAUCUCCCAGGGCACGGACAUGAACCGCGUACUGAGUAAAAUCACCAUGCUGGGAUCGAUUCUUGUGCCGCUCAACCUUGUUUGUGGUCUGUUUGGCAUGAAUGUGCGUUUGCCGUUUGAGGAUGUUGCCAACCUGGGGCCAUUUUUUGGCAUUGUCGGCUUCAUGAUUGUCUUGUGUGCCAUGAUGGUGUCUGUGGCGAGGUGGAAGCGGUGGAUAUAAUAAAAACAUGGAGUGAAGAGUCAUACGUUUUUUUUUGGAGGGGGUUUACAGUAUAUAGAGGGUUUGUCUUUUUUGUUGUAUUGAUUUCAUUGUUUACUAGUUUUGGAACGUUUUUUCUUGUUUAUUUGGGUACAUUUGGCAUCAUAGACUCGGGAAGCAUUCUUGAGGCGUGGAGUCAUGUUUAUAGCCUUGCUUGAGAGUAAUCAAAUAAGUCUGCAUUGUGUAUAUGCUGUAUUUGCGCAAUGUCCAUCGUUGCCUUUUAUAGUCUACAUUGUCAUAAUUGCAUUUGACAAUUGUGAGAUGAAUAGAUUAGCAUCUCUUAAUAAAAACAAUAAAUCAAGAAUCUUGAAAAAACUCACGUCUCUUUUAUCUGGAUCUGUCGAAGCAAGGUCAUCUGAAUGUGGAGACGAUCUUCUCCUCUCAUUCGCCAACGCCGGCGUUGAUAACGGACUACUAUUGGUCCGAAAAAGCCCGUUGGAAAAAUAUUAUCAACCACCGCUCGAUAUCAUCACCAAUCUUGCAACCAAGUCUUCGAAAAUACUCUAUAGCAACGACUCUUCUUACGACGGAACCUCUUUCUUUCCUUCAGCCUACGCACAUUGAAAUCAACCUACGCAAGUAAUAUAUACGAACCGAGUGAAACUUUUGCCCAAGAUGAACGCCGCCCAGACUGGAAUCGAGAACCUCGACCUCGAGAAGCUCAACGACAAGGAUAAGACGGAGCUGCGGCAGUUUCUUGCGAAUGAGCAGCAGCGGUCGCAGAUUCAGGCUCAAACACACAACUUGACACAGAUUUGCUGGAAAAAGUGCGUCACUGGGAAUAUCAAGGGCUCGAAGCUGGAGAAGGGCGAGGAAGGGUGCUUGGCGAACUGCGUGGACCGGUUUUUGGAUAUCAACUUUUUGACGAUGAAGCACCUCAACAAUAUGCGAUCAUAAAAAAUUCAGGCUUUUUUUUUCUUCGACUUUUCUGGUUUUGAGGGGGUAAUAUGGGUGUGUUGUGUGAUGUAUGAUAUAUAGGCAUGUGGUAUGAUAGAUUAUGGGAUAUGGGACUGUUCUUCUCUCUGAUUAAGAUCAAUAGAUGGGCAUUGAGACCAAUUCAAAAGGUAUCAACGUUUACUGAAAGGACGUUACGAUUUCAACGCAAUAUUCAUCUACGUAGUGGAUUGUCAUGCCACAUUUCAGAGCAUAGUAAUUGUCAUCGGCUCUCAUUUAUUUCUUGUUUCCCUUUCAUCAUCGGUACGUGGACGGACCGGCUCUUGUCUUUUAGUUUUGCAUAGUUUGUAUCAUGAUGUGUUCCAAUCCGUAAAAUGACAAAAAAGCUCAACUCCUCCCAAAAAGUGUUGUGUUCCUCAAUGCCCAUGGUAUAUGUGCAUGCAUGUGAGACGUAAGACCAAUUUCCGCGCCCGAGAGAAAAUAGAAGAAAAUGAAUAGACGAAACCAACAAUCCCCUUUUUUUAAAUUAAGAAAAAUGUCCAGCUUAGACCAGAGAGAGCUUGUUGGCGGCAAUGUCGAGGGCGUCGACAUCGGGGGUCAGGCGGGCGUAGGCCUUCUUGGAGCCGUCAGGGCGGAUCAGGGUGUUGAUCUUGACGGUGUCAAUGUCGUAGAGCUUCUUGAGGGCCAGCUUGAUCUGGGCCUUGUUGGCCUUGACGUCGACAAUGAAGACGAGGGUGUUGUUCUCCUCCAUCUUCUUCAUGGCGCUCUCGGUGUUGAGAGGGUGGAUGAUGAUCUUGUGCUCAUCGAGACGGGGCAGGUGGUUGAUGGCCUUGCGGGGGAAGCGAGGAGCGCGGGACAGGACCAGAGUCUUGGGGCGGUGGAAAGAGGUGGUCUGGCGGACCUUGCGGGUCUUGGAGGAGUGAGUCUGCGGCGUGUUAGAU